CCUGAUUGGUCCGGCGCGCGGCAGGAAUAAACAGUUAGGGUAUAUAUAUAUGUAUAUAUACAUAAGUGUCACUUCCAAGAAACAAGGACCCGCACUUAGUCUAAUAGAGAAAAAAAAACGCUUUUUUGAACAUUAUUAUUAUAGAGUGCUGCUACAGCAGGGGAAAAGUUGAGGAUGAGAGCGCAGAUCCAGAAAGUUCCUCAGAUCGUGGAGCUGCUGAGGAAGAAGUCUGUGGGGCUGCAGCAUUUCAAGCCAACAUCCUCAGUGUGCGUGUUGGAGGCGAAGGAUGCUGUGGCGGCCGCGCCGUGCCCUCACGCCGCCUCCAGGGCCGGGCUGGACGACAUCCCGGGACCCACCAACUGGCCCGUGGUCGGCAGUCUGCUGGAACUGCUGCGCAAAGGAGGCUUGACCAGACAACACGAGGCGCUGGUUGAUUAUCACAAGAAAUUUGGAAAGAUUUUCCGGAUGAGGCUGGGCUCCUUUGAGUCGGUGCACAUCGGCGCACCUUGCUUGCUGGAAGCGCUCUACAGGAAAGAGGGCAAUUACCCUCAGAGGCUGGAGAUCAAACCCUGGAAAGCAUACAGAGACCUGAGGGACGAGGCGUACGGACUCCUCAUUCUGGAGGGGAAAGACUGGCAGAGAGUAAGGAGCGCGUUUCAGCAGAAGCUCAUGAAGCCGACAGAAGUGGUGAAACUUGACAGCAAAAUAAAUCAGGUGAUGGUGGACUUGAUCGCCAGAAUUGGAAAAAUAAACCACGAUGGGAAGAUUGAGGACUUGUACUUUGAAUUGAAUAAGUGGUCUUUUGAAACUAUCUGUCUGGUCCUGUAUGACAAAAGAUUCGGUCUUUUACAAGAGAAAGUCAACGAGGAAGCCAUGAACUUCAUCACAGCUGUGAAAACAAUGAUGAGCACGUUUGGUAUGAUGAUGGUUACACCAGUGGAGCUUCACAAGAGCUUCAACACCAAAACCUGGCAGGAUCACACCGCAGCAUGGGACCGCAUUUUCAGCACAGCCAAAGUCUACAUUGACAAGAAGAUGAAGAAGAAUGCUGUCAGCGCACCUGACGAUCUGAUCGGUGACAUCUUGCAACAAAGCUGCCUGACGAAAAAGGAGCUAUACGCAGCCAUCACCGAGCUGCAGAUCGGAGGAGUUGAGACGACCGCCAACAGCAUGCUGUGGUUUAUUUUUAACCUGUCACGUAACCCCGGCGCUCAGAAGAAGCUGCUGCAGGAAAUCAGAGCGGUCGUUCCUCCGGGCCAGGACCCUUGUGGAGAGCACAUUAAGAGCAUGCCCUACCUCAAGGCCUGCCUCAAGGAGUCUAUGAGGUUGUCUCCAUCAGUCCCGUUCACCAGCAGGACCCUGGACAAAGACACUGUGUUGGGAGAUUAUGCCAUUCCCAAAGGAACAGUGUUAAUGAUUAACAGCCAUGCUCUGGGCUCCAAUGAAGAGUACUUUGACAAUGGGAAGCAUUUCAAACCCGAGCGCUGGCUGCGGGAGAACAGCACCAUCAAUCCCUUCGCCCACGUUCCCUUCGGUAUCGGGAAGCGGAUGUGCAUCGGGCGGCGGCUGGCGGAGCUGCAACUGCAGCUGGCCAUGUGCUGGCUGGUUCGAGACUACGAGAUCGUGGCAACAGACGAUGAGCCGCUUGACGUGAUUCACUCAGGACUUCUGGUUCCCAGCAGAGAACUGCCGGUGGCUUUCAUCAAGAGAUGAGGGUUCCUCACGUUCAAGUCUUCGAGUUGUGGUGAAAGAUGAUACCUCUGUGGCUUCGUCCCUGAUGGGCCAGUGACUCCCUGCAUUGCUGCUCUGUACAUAAAGAUAAUAACAUGAAUAAUAACUGUGCCAUAAAUACCUCAAACUUAUUUAAAACUAACGUGUAUUACUGUCAAAGAUGGACCAAAACACCAGUUGUUAUGUACAAAUGAAAUGUUGUACCGAGGCAGCUGUCUUUAAAACGUUGAUCUCAGACGUGUAGAAUGUAGACACUGAACUAUUACUUUACAUUAUACUAUUCUUUCUUUAUUAUCCUGUAUAUGUAUAUGUGUAUAUAUAUGUAUAUAUGCGUGUGUGUGUGUCAUGCAUACUUUGUGUGCGCAUUUUCCAAUGUGUAUAUAAUGUGCAAUUACUUUGUAUUGUAUUGAUGUACAUUGUUUGUUAUUUUAUUAACCUAAAUAAAUGCAAUAAUACAUGUAUCUAAACCAGAAAGAAACCUGU